AUGGAAUCAGAAGAAGUUAUUGCGGAACUGCACAACCUUUUCUCCGAUAAUGUGCCGUACAUGAGCAUUUGGAAAAGAGUAAAAUUCAACGGUCUCGUGAACGAGACAUUUGAGACACCUCUUCUUGGACGUCGAAAUAUUGAGCACCAUGGAUCUUUCUAUGAUAUCACGGACGAAAUCAAGGCGGCGUUUUCUACUAAGCUUGAUGAUUGGAAGUGCAUCGAUCCUGGAUCAUUACGAAUGAAAAAUUUCAAGCGGAUUUCUCCUUCUAGUAAAGCCUUUGAAAGCUUUUUAAUGUCAGGAAAAGAGGUGCUCGAUGAAUGCAACGGACAAGAGUCUUAUGACUUAGGCUUCAACAACAAAGAGGUCUACUUAUUGAUGCAACCAUUUAAUAAGAGACUGUUUUUGAUCCCGAAAUCUGGAAGUAAUAAUAAAGAUGCAUUCAUCAGAUACACGGAAAUCGACUCAAUGGAUCAAGACUGGGCUGCAAUUUCAACGGUGAAAUUUACCAUUCAAGACAAAGAAGAAUAUGAUAGACUCAAGCAGUCAUCAAAGCCUCCGUCUUCUUAUGUGAUCCCGGACUGGGUGGAAAAGGAGUCGCAAGAAAGGAUGAAGCAAGAAAGGAAAAAGCAAGAAAUGCAGAAUUCCAAAAAAUCCUCAAAGAAAAAGCCGUCGAAGCAAAAAAUUAAAUCAAAUCAGCCAAAGAAAAACGAUAUUAGUGCUCAAAUAGCGGAUCUAGACAUAAUAGACAGAAAUGCUCCGUCUGGCGAGCGUGAACCUGAUAAUGAAACAGACUGGCUAACGGUUGGAGCGCCAAGUCAAGAAGAAAAAGACAGCCAAAAUCCACCGAUGAAACCACGAGCAUCCCCGCCAGACGCCUCAGAAAAGCCACCGACCGAAACUGAGAAAUCAGCUCUCGUUGAACUGGUCGAGUCAACAGAUGAUGCUCUUCCGGCGGAAUCUCAGGGAGAUCGAGCGUUGAAAGCUGAAGUUUCUGAACUGCAGGAGAAACUUGAACGCUAUGAGAUGUGCCCAAUUUGUUUUGAACGCUACGAUGAAGAUGAACACGCCAAAUACUCCCAUCAAUGUGGCCAUGGCUGCUGCUUGACAUGCAUGAAGAUGGAGUUUGCUCGUCAACGUAACUUGAGAAAAAUGAAGUUCUACUGCCACUGUGGAUUCGAGAUACACGAAAAAAAGAUAAUCAGAAUGUUCAUUUGA